AUGUGGCGCUUCCUGAAACCCAUAGCUAAAAAGGCACGGACGGAGGAGGAGGAGGAGGAGGAGGAGGAGGAGGGGGGUCGCGAUGCGAAUGCUGCGAAACCCAAACCGACCAGCGCUGGAACUGGGGGGAGAAAGUUUCAGACGAAGUGGCUAUACGACGAUGCAGGGAAAAAACGCGACUGGCUGACUGUCAAGAACAACAUCAUGUUUUGCACUGUGUGCACAACUUUUGGAAAGGACAAAAAAAGUCAGGCGAGUCACUUUGUUGUGGGCUGCUCCUCGAUGAAAGUUGAAAGUAUAAUAUCACAUGAAGGCACUCGCAACCACGACAAAAAUAUGAAAAUAAAGCAAGCCAAGUCUGCCCCACUCCAUGAAGCGCCCUCGGUGCAAGUUCUCACUAAACUCUCGGACGUAAACACCCAGAAGAUGAAGCUUCUUUUCCGAAAUGCGCACGCCAUCGCCAAGAAAGGUCGACCCAUCACCGACUACGUCUGGCAAUGCAGCUUGGAUGAGAAAAAGGGGCUGUCCGUGGGCAAAACCUACAGGAACCGCGAGACCGGCAAGCUCUUUGUAAAGUACAUUGCCAAGGAGAGCAGAGCGGGCCUGCUUCCACAUGACACUUACACAGGAGAGGAAUGUCUCCAUGCUGUCAAGGGCGUGGUCCCUUCCACAUUGGAAUAUAGAAAACACAGUUCGGUGGAGAUCACUCCCACUUCAUUGUGA